GUUGCAUAGUCAAGACCCGCGAGGGAGGCAGUUAGUCAGCAGCGCAGCAAUUGCCCAGUGUGUAAAAUGACAGGCGAAGCCGCAACCACAGCUCUUCCUGUUCCCCCUGUACUGUGGGCACAGCGCAAGAAUGUAGUGUAUGUCAAAGUGGCCCUGGAGGACUGUAAAAACCCAACCAUAAACCUAACAGCAGACUCCUUACACUUCAAAGGGAUGGGAGGACCAGAUUCCAAGCCACAUGAAGUGACGCUGAGGUUUCUCCAUCCUAUCAAGCCUGAAGAGAGCCGGUACGUAGUACGGCCACGUGGCACAGAGUUUGUGCUGGCCAAGGCUGAAGAAGGCCCCUUCUGGAAGCGGCUCCUCCAGGAUCAUGUCAAACAUCACUGGCUCAAGGUAGACUUCAACAAAUGGGUCGAUGAAGAUGACUCUGGUGACGAGUUAGGUGCUGGUGGUGGUGACUUUGAAGAGAUGAUGCGCUCCAUGGGUGGCCUGGGUGAUGACGACACUCCCGACAUGGAGCAGACAGGGGACAGUGACGACGAAGAAAUUCCAGACCUGGAGAGCAGCAGCAACAACAAAGAGUGAGGUCGGCAGCCAUCCCUUGUACAGACAGCGCCAACAUCGGCCCCUUCCAUUUUUCCUUGUCAUUUUGUUUUGCUACAGUCCACCAAUAAAUCUACCAAUGCCAAGA